AGAACCCUGGAGUCACUGGGCACCACAGUCCAGCGACGGCUGCCUGACAGUCACCUGGCUGGACAGAGUCAGCAGCGAUCAUGCUGUGCUGCUUUCCCGGGCCUCGAGGCCGAAGCAGCAGGAGCCCGUGCAGGGAAAGCACUUGGGCGCCAGUGAGAGGAUGGAUGGCUAAGUCCCCGUGCUUCAGGCCACUCACCAGGAACUGCUUGGACUUCAGGGGCAGCACAGGGCGGGUCUCCCCAGACCCAGAGACCUGGGAAUCUGAGAUGAGUGGGAGCCCAGGGCAGAUCUCCCUGGACCUGGACUCCAGACUCUUGGGGCCACUGAGUCCAGGACAGGUCCAGUCAGGCCCGGCCACCACUGAGCACAGGGUUAGCCGGGGCAGAAACAGCACAAACUGGGGUCAGGCAGAGCUCCCAGGCACUGUCCCCAAAGAGCUGCACACAGGACACUGGGUCACUUCCAUCCUGUCAUGGCUUUAUUCUGCCGUGUCACCUCAGGGCACCUCCCAGCUGGAGCAAGCUGAGCCCACUGAGGCACAGCCCACAGGACCAGCUCCAGCCCCAGCUGAAGUCCCAUGUGCAGAGCCCGAGCCAGCUCCACCUGCAGCUUCCUGCCCAGCGCUGGGACCACAGCCAGAGUCCGUGGCAGCCCCUUCACCUGCUGCAGUGCUGGGGCACCCGGUGGUUGCACAGCGGUCGGUGUCACCUCCUGAGCUCCACCUGGGGCCAGCUCCUGGCCUCCUCCCACUGUUCCCCUCACUUACGCUGGCUCUUGUUUUGGUAUUUACAAGUGUCCUUAUUUCUUGA